AAAUCAAUUACGAACACUUGUUAAGACAGCACAACUUCCUUCUAUAACUCCACUUGAUUCAACAUUACCUAGUCGAUAUUUUUCAAAUACAUCAAUUGAAAUCAUUUUUAAUGAACUUAUGAUUGAAGAAUGGAAUUUCUCUCCUUCAUAUUCAAUUUAUUAUCAAAAAUGUAAGCCUUCAUUUUGUUCAUAUACGCAUGAGAAAAAACCUAGUAUUGUUUAUACAAUUAUUAUUAUUAUCAGUCUUAUUGGUGGAAUUAAUGUUCUUCUUCGAUUAUUUUCUCCAUUGAUUAUUAAGAUUAUCUUUAAAUUUAUUCAUAGAUUAAAACGCAAGAAUUCUUUACAAAUCUCGACUAUACAACAAGAAAAUGUUGAAAUUCGUAGUGGUAUAAUUAAUCGAUUAAUAGAUAAAUUUUCAACGAUAAAUUUAUUUGAUAGUGAAUCAAAUAAUAUGGAAACAAUUCGUCUUGAACGAAUAUCAACAAAACUUUAUUUAUUAGUUUUUUCAAUUUGUAUAUAUAGUAUAACAAUAUAUACAAUAUUUUCGGAUAAAACUAUAUAUCAAUCUUUUUCGAAUCCAUCUCAAAAUGAUUAUAACAAUUUAUUAAUAUCUUAUUGGAAAUCACUUGAUUGUCCUUGUAGUAAAAUAUCAAUUACAUAUAAAGAUUUUGUAGAAAUCGAUGCAACAUUUCAUCAAAUAUGCUCAAGUGAUUUUGUUAAUAUGAAAUGGAUUAAUUAUUUAUUUAAUGAAGGAUAUUGGGACGAGUAUGAACGACGUGAUAUUCGUGUACGUGGUAGUGCAUAUUUUUUAUUUCUUUCAAAUUUAUGUCAAAUUUCUCAAAUAACAAUUAAUAAUGCAAUUGAACAAUUUCAUAAUGAAAUAUUUAUCAAUGCUAAAUUAAUAUCAGAAACUGAAUUUAAUAUUCAAAUUGAAAAUAUUAUUUCGCAAUUUCAAAAAUUAACUUUAACAAAAUUUUCUCGAAGUUUAAAACUUCUACGUGAUAUAAUGAAUGGAAAUGCUUUUGUAUCUUCAUAUUUUUUGAAUUGGUAUUGGUGGAGAGACAUAAAUAGUAUAACUUCUCCAAUAAUUCCAAUUAGUCCAAUAAUAAUGGAAAAUGGAUG